GCGAAGUUAGCUCCGCUCUGCCCCUCCACGCGCAGCGCGGGGCAACACCACCCUGAACUUUCCACCACCGCAUCACCACAAACCGCCACAAUGUUCAAGAAAGACAUCACCGCGGGCGCGAAGUCGAAAGUAAAGUCGAGCGUCGCACGUGCAAUCCGCACCAAAGUGCUCGAAACCUACCCGCUCCUCGAGCCCCACAUCGAAGACAUCCUGCCCAAGAAAGAGCAACUCGACCUCGUCAAGCUGCCCGACCGCGUCGCACUGUACACCCUGCAUGGCACCCCGUUGUUCUUCCAGCACAUGGACGACGCGCUGCUGCCGCACCUGGCGCUCGUGCACAAGUACCCCACCGCGUUCCACCGGCUGCGUAUCGACCGCGGCGCCAUCCGGUUCGUGCUGUCGGGCGCUGCGCUAAUGGCGCCCGGUAUGACGUCGCCUGGGGGCAGGCUUCCGAGUGAGGAGCUGUCCGCGGAGGACCAGGAGAGGUAUGGCAAGGUGGAUUUGGAGGCGGGGACGCCGGUGGUGGUAGAGAGCGAGGGGAAGGAAACUGCGUGUAUGGUGGGCGUAUUGAAGAUGGGGACGGCGGAGAUGCGGGAGAAGAAGAAGGGGCAGGCGUGUGAGGCGGGGCAUUAUUUGGGCGAUGGGCUGUGGACGCUUGCGUUGUGAGGGACUGCGGGGAGCGUGGCGUUGAUCGGGGAGUAUGCUCUCAAGGCUUGAAUAUGUGGACCUGAGGGACAAGCGUGCAUAACUAAAUACGAGGAAAACUGCAUAGCGAUAACGAUGAGUUGAACAUAAACAUGGUAUCAUUAUCUUUGGGGGCAGAACGACUAAUGCAUGUGUGAGUAGGCACAAGACUCAUCCAACUCGACUGUUGUGUGGUGGUACAGAGGCGCUGCGAAAUUGACCACGCCACUACUGUGGGGGGCCUCCGCGACCAGCUCCUCCCAUGAAGUUGCGGGCCAUCUCAGCGAUGUUGGGGUCGUUCAUAAGGCUUGCGAGGUCGGGCAUGCCGCCGCCAGCUCCACGUCCAGCGCCAGCGCCAGCACCAGCGCCAGCACCAGCACCAGCACCAGCAC